CAAUAAUAGCUCUCUAUGCGGGCGUGUGUGAGAGAGAGAACGCACGCACGCAAACCAUAUGCACCUGCUCUGACGCCCUAACUCUCACAUUAAUAUUAUUGAGAAGAACUGUUGCCAGGACUGGAGUGCAUCUUUAACGAGAGGCGUAGCUAUUCAGUUGUGCUCCCCGGAGAAGAAAUUUCCGCUUCCUGCUAUGAAAAACAUCGAACUUUUGACAUAAUCGCAUCAAAUGUGGACUGCAGAACAGAAAAACAAACAAGAAGUAAUGGAAUUCUGUAUAUGAAAGCGCAAUUUAAAGCAUCCGAGUGUGCUGAAAAUAUCGGUAUGCACAAUUCGGGAAACUGAAUGAAAGGUAUUUUUCUUCCACAUCUAAAACACCUUCAAUAUGUCGGAGAGAGGGGGUCUCCCGCGGAUUGGGGGCACGCCAUCUCCACAUAUGCAGCCGUCCAAGACAGUAACUAUCUCCCCGAACCGUCCGGUUCAAAUGAACCUGUAUGCAACCUGGGAAAUUGAUCGCUCAUCUCCAAGCUGUGUGCCCAGGCUCUUCACUGUUACCCUGAAGAAGCUGCUGAUGCUUCAGGAGCUGGACAGAGACCUAACCUCUGUUGUCAUUGCAGUCAAACUCCAGGGAUCAAAGCGCAUUUUACGUUCCAAUGAGAUCCUGUUGGCAUCGGCUGGACUUACUGAGACUGAUCUUCAGCUGACAUUCUCCUUGCAAUAUCCACAUUUUUUGAAACGAGAUGCCAACAGACUACAGAUCAUGUUGCAGAGGAGGAAGAGGUACAAGAACCGCACCAUUCUGGGCUAUAAGACCCUGGCUCUGGGCCUUAUCAACAUGGCAGAGGUGAUGCAGCAUCCCAGUGAGGGAGCCCGUGUGUUGGCUCUCCACACCACAGUGAAGGACACGGCUGUGACUGUGGCUGAGAUGAGGGUCUACUCGCUCUCCAGCCAGCCCAUCGACUACGAGGUGUCCAAGGCCAAACUGUCAGACCGCUCCCCUGACAUUGACAACUACUCGGAGGAAGAGGAAGAGAGCUAUUCAUCAGAGCAGGACGGGAGUGAUGACCCUGCUCACAUCCAGUAUCUGUUCGACGAAGAAGAUGACAUGAGGAAGAAGAAGCACAGACGCAAACUCACCUCUGCAGCCUCCAUCACCAGAGGUCAUCCCAACAUCAAGCAGAAGUUUGUGGCCUUGUUGAAGAGGUUUAAAGUGUCUGAUGAGGUGGACUUUGGCCUGAAGGACGUGUCCCAAGAGCACAUCCGUGAUGUGGAGGAGGACCUGGAUGAGCUCUAUGACAGUCUAGAGAUGUACAACCACAGUGACAGCGGCCCAGAGAUGGAGGAGACGGACAGCAUCCUCAGCACACCCAAACCCAAGCUCAGGCCCUUCUUUGAGGGCAUAUCCCAGUCCAGCUCGCAGACCGAGUUUGGCAGUCUGAACAGCAGGUGCAGUCUGCCCAAAGACACCCUGAGCCCACAAGGAGAUCAGCCCCAAUCAGGCAAGAUGAACUGCACUCGCUCCCGCAACCUGGAUGACUCUAAGACAGACACUCAGGAGCUGAUUGAUCCGAAGGGGUUACUGGAGACAACCGCCUGCAUCACUGUCUCUGUCCCAGAGAAGCUACCCAGGACCCCGACGAGGGAACUGAGGAGCAGCAACAGUGAGAGCCACACCACCAUGCCCUCCCCCAGGUUGAAUGGUGGGCACACACCCAGGCAGAGACGUGGGACGCCAAUGAAGGAGAGGCGAGCGCUGUCCAAACCACUGAGCGAACGCACCAACAGCUCUGACAGCGAGAGGUCACCAGAGCUCAGCCGCACCCCACAGGUGCCCAGGAAGGCUGUGUAUGACCAGCUGAAUCUGGUCUUCUCCUCAGACACUGCCCUACCAGACAGCCUAGUCCUGGUCAACACCAGUGAUUGGCAGGGACAGUAUGUGUCCGAGGUGCUACUGGCCCAGAAGCAACCAGUAGUGUGUACCUGCUGUGGGGUGGAAAUUCAGGCUGUCCUCACCACUCUCCUCACACGCAUCCAGAAGUUCUGUAACUGUAACUCGUCCACGCCGCCGCCGGUCAAGGUGGUGGUGGCAGGGGGACAGAGCUACCUGGGGGCCAUCCUACACUUCUUUGUCAGUCAGCUGGCCAACAAAACAUCCGAUUGGCUCAGCCUCAUCCACUUCCUGGUUGUCCCCCUGGGCUGUCACCCUGUAGCCAAGCACCUGGCCUCCCUGGACCCUCGCUACAGUUCUGUGUUCCUGGACAAUGCCUGGAAAGAUCUGUUCAGCGGCCUGGAGCCCCCUCGCUCCACUGCAGACGGAGUGGACGUGGCAGCAAGGAUCAGGCAGUACAUCAGCAGCGUCUCUGUCACACACCAGUUACCUAUCGCUGAGGCCAUGCUCACCUGCGAGAACAAGAGAUAUGACGAAGACUCUUACCAGAAGUUUGUUCCCUUCGUUGGGGUGGUGAAAGUAGGGUUGAUUGAACCGACUCUGGCGUAUUCAGGUGGAGACACUGAGGAGGCUGUUAGUGUUAGCUUGGCUGUUCCCUCUACCUCUCCACAAUCUCAUGGAUCUCCCACAGGGAUGCCCAGAGAGGCUGCCACACCCCCAUCUCCCUCCCUGAGCAGCGGACUGGUGAGCCCUAAUAUGUCACAUGGGGUGGACACCAUUGGGCUGACGGUGGAUUAUUGGGUAGCAACAUGCUCAGAGCGGAAGAAGGAUGGGGAGCGGUGUGACAAGGGCUCCAAGAACACGCUGAAGAGUGCCUUCUGCUCCCUACAGGUCAGCAGGCUGCCAGGAGGGGGCUCCACUGAGAACCAUCCCCAGGCCAACACCAUGGCCAUGACCAUGGUCACCAAGGAGAAGAACAAGAAAGUCUCCACCAUAUUCCUGGGCAAGAAGCCCAAAGAGAGGGAUGUAGACUGUAAAAGCCAGGUGGUUGAGGGCAUCACCAGACUCAUCUGUUCUACCAAGCAGCAGCAGACCAGCCUAAAAGUGUCUGUUGACGGUGUGGAGUGGACCGAUGUCAAGUUCUUCCAGCUGGCUGCCCAGUGGCCCACCCAUGUGAAGUACCUGCCAGUGGGUCUGUUUGGUUACAACAAGACCGCCACCUAGAGGCCAACCCAGACAAGACCGCCACCUAGAGGCCAACCCAGACAAGACCGCCACCUAGAGGCCAACCCAGACAAGGAGAGUUGUUACAGGACCAAGGAGAGUUGUUACAGGACCAAGGAGAGUUGUUACAGGACCAAGGAGAGUUGUUACAAGAUGAUAUGGAUUGACGCCACUUAGAAGAGGCCAUAAUCUCUGUUAUUUGAUGCUGGAGGGAUGAGGAGUUUCUCUUCUUCCUCUUGCCAUGAUCCUAAUAGUUGGACCUGUUUUCAGAAAGCCUUACUUUCUAUAUUGAUUCAUAAUUUUUCUGUGAGAUACUUUUUUGUGUGUGUGGCACAAGCGUGUGUGUGAGCACCCCAAACUCUUGUGAAUUUAUGUGCAUAUAGGCAUGGGUUGUCAUAGAAACAAACACUUAAAACACUACAGAAAUCUAAAAUAUUUAGUCUACUUCAAAGCUUGUGGUGGUCAAACACGUAUUUUUAUAAUGGUACAUGUACUAUAGUGUGAGCGCUGCAAUGUCAUUUUGUUACUGAUAUGCUUGAAAUGGAGCUUCGGUGUCAUCCAUCAUUUUGAGGUAAUCUUUAAAAAAUAUUGACAUGUCCUUUUGACCUGAAGAAAUAAAUUAUCACAACUUAUACACUU